GCUGCUUACCGAAACGGUUAGAUUAGAUUACCGCGUCAACACCAACUUCCAAAACUAAAAAGGCUUCAUCGAUUUGCUCAACUCUCUCUCUCUCUCUCUCUCUUUCUCUCUCUCUCUACAGUGAAGUGGUAGUUCAGGAGAGCCCUAGGGUUUUAGCUUCCAAUGGUGGAGAGGAGGAAGCCUUUGGUGCUCUCUACGACCAAGCUCCUUGUAAGUUCCAUAUUGAGUUCGUCGCAGCUCGGUGAAGUAGACCGAGUCCGAGUCGUUGUCGGAAACGUGUCCGGGGACUUACAGCUACGGGCGGGAAUUCUCCGGUUCUCGACGGACAGAGACGUCAUUUCGGACCCCAAAUUGGAUUCCCUCGACGACGCCGCUUUGGUCGGGCUCUCUACCUCUGUUCUUAAACGGCUGUCCAUAACUUCGGGCUCACUGGUGCUUAUCAAGAACGUCGAGACAAAUGUAAGAAGAGUUGCUCAGGCUGUUGUUUUAGACCCUCCUGGCACUCACGAAAUGUCACCUGUCUUUAAAUCAUCCACUUACCAUACAAUGCUUAUGUUUCCUUCGGUUACUUUCUCUCAAAAUGGCUGUCUGCUGCCGGUUGGGGAAGUUGCCUAUCUAUCUCCGCUUUUGGCAUUCAACCUUGACUUGCACAUAUCGUGCUUGAAUUCUGUCGUCCACCAAGGUCAAGAGACUUUGGCAUCUUAUUUCCAUGGUAAAGUGGACGACGAGACAUGUGGGGAAGCAAUUCAGGGUUCUGCGAUUAGUGUAGGGUUGGAACCCUUCCCUCGGUUGCCAAGAUAUGCUUCACACUUGAGGGCUUCUUUUGUGAAGAUACCAGAAUGUGGUACCCUUGAAUCUCUCAGAGGAAGUUCGUUUAUUGAAGCUGAAGAUCGUCAAAAUAUGAUUGAUUUGGCAUUGCAGAAUUACUUUGAAGCAGAUAGAUAUCUAGCACGAGGCGAUAUUUUCAGCAUUUGCUUAAAUUGGAAAUGCAAUUCAAUUGUUUGCAUUCCUUGCAACCAAAACUCACAAAAUAGAAGUGAUAACAUUAUCUACUUCAAGGUUGUAGCUAUAGAACCUUCAGAUGAACAAGUUCUUCGAGUCAAUAGCACCCAAACUGCCCUUGUGCUUGGGGGUAGUGUCCCUUCUGCUGUUCCCCCAGAUUUGUUGAUUGCCGGACCAAAAAAAUUUGCACCUUUGCAUGGGGACACGGUGAAAAUUUUGGCCUCCAUUCUUACACCACCUCUUUGUCCAUCGGCUCUUUCUUCUAAAUUCAGAGUUUCAGUUCUAUUAUAUGGAUUGGCAGGAUGCGGGAAGAGAACUGUGGUCAAAUAUGUUGCUUGUCGAUUGGGCCUGCACGUAGUGGAAUAUAGCUGUCAUAAUCUAAUGGCAUCCUCCGAAAGAAAAACAUCUGUUGCACUAGCUCAAGCUUUCAACACCGCUCAAAGAUAUUUGCCAACCAUUCUUCUUCUCCGCCAUUUUGAUGUUUUCCGAAACUUGGGCUCUCGGGAAAGUUCACCAAAUGAGCAGGUGGGCGUGGCUUCAGAAGUUGCAUCAGUUAUUCGAAAGUUCACCGAGCUAGUCAAUGAAGAUGAAGACAUUAAUUCUAAAGGAGAACCCAUUGAUGAUUGCCAUGUGAAGGAUGGUGGGAAGAUAAGUAGGCAUCAGGUUUUGUUGGUUGCAGCUGCUGACAAUUCUGAAGGUCUACCACCAGCUAUAAGGCGUUGCUUCAGCCAUGAAAUAAGUAUGGGUCCUUUGACUGAGGAACAAAGGGUUGAAAUGCUGUCCCAGUCGCUGCAAAGUGUUUCUGAGCUUCUGCCUGAUGCUAGUUCAGAGGAUUUUAUAAAGGAGAUUGCUGGGCAGACAUCUGGUUUUAUGCCCAGGGAUAUACGUGCUAUGAUUGCUGAUGCUGGUGCAAACUUAAUUCCCAAGGGCAAUGUUCUACGUCAAAAGGUUGAGCCUGAGGAAGUAGACAGUAAGUCAUAUGAAGUUGCGCCACAGGUUCUGGGAAAAGAAGACUUGACUAAAGCAUUGGAACGAUCAAAGAAAAGGAAUGCAUCAGCAUUGGGCACUCCAAAGGUUCCCAAUGUGAAAUGGGAAGAUGUUGGUGGGCUUGAGGACGUGAAGAAAUCAAUAUUGGAUACUGUUCAGUUACCUCUUCUGCAUAAGGAUUUGUUUUCUUCUGGGUUGCGUAAGCGCUCUGGUGUUCUUCUAUAUGGUCCUCCUGGAACAGGGAAAACUUUAUUGGCAAAAGCUGUUGCAACGGAGUGUUCCCUAAACUUUCUCAGUGUAAAAGGGCCUGAGCUGAUCAACAUGUACAUAGGAGAAUCAGAGAAAAAUGUUCGAGACAUUUUCCAGAAGGCCAGAUCAGCACGCCCAUGUGUUAUCUUCUUUGAUGAACUUGAUUCUCUUGCUCCAGCUCGAGGGGCCUCUGGUGAUUCUGGUGGCGUUAUGGACAGAGUGGUUUCACAGAUGCUUGCGGAGAUAGAUGGCCUAAAUGAUUCGACACAGGACCUGUUUAUAAUAGGGGCAAGCAACAGACCAGAUCUAAUUGACCCAGCACUUUUACGGCCUGGCAGAUUUGAUAAGCUUCUAUAUGUUGGAGUGAAUUCCGAUGCAUCUUAUCGGGAGCGGGUCCUCAAAGCACUUACACGAAAGUUUAAAUUGCAUCAAGAUGUAUCGCUUUACUCAAUAGCAAAGAAAUGCCCCCAAAACUUCACUGGAGCAGACAUGUAUGCUUUGUGUGCAGAUGCUUGGUUUCAUGCUGCAAAACGCAAGGUUUUGAGUGUAGAUUCAGAUUCUUCUCGCAUUGAUGAUCAAGCAGACUCUGUCGUUGUUGACUAUGAUGAUUUUGUGAAGGUCUUAGAAGAGCUGUCUCCUUCCCUCUCCAUGGCCGAGCUUAAGAGAUACGAGUUGCUACGAGAUCAGUUUGAAGGAGCCUCGAAAUAAAUUUCUGGUAAAGCGAUUUAAGGUGUCUGUGUUGCGCAUACGAUCCUGGUGCAAGCACGCUCGCGAUCAUCUCCUCUUCGUAUGUUUAUGAUCUGCAAUAUUUGAACUUAGUUUUUAUCCUUAAAUGAGGGGGGAAAGGCAUUGAUAAACGACUAUUGAACUUGUUUGCGGUAAAUAAUUGUUGCCUUAACAUUUGGCAAACAACAGUAAUGGGUCUAACUAUUGAUUCAAAAGCUUGAAAAUUAUUGGAUACCGAUUUGGUUAAACCGUUAA